UUAUUGGUUAUCUGGUGAUUUCAAGAAAAACUUUAUCUUUGCCCGAGCAGUGCAACUGAGGCCGUGCGAAGCGGCAAGACAUAUAAGUCAGUCGGCGCUUCGAUGCCGGUCGGAUUGCCUGUGCUCCGCGUCUUACUAUGAUAUAAUGGCCGGCAAGAUGCUAAAGUUUAUUCGAGGGAAGGGCCAGCAGCCCUCGGUUGAAAGGCAGAAACUCCAGAACGAACUGUUCGCGUUCCGCAAGACAGUACAGCACGGCUUCCCGCACAGAGCAUCGGCGCUAGCAUGGGACCCGCUCCUCAGACUGGCGGCCAUCGGCACUGGUACGGGUGCCCUCAAAGUGUACGGCCGGCCCACAGUCGAGUUCUACGGCCAACACACCAACCCCGACUCGGCCGUCAUACAAAUACACUUCAUUCCUGGCACCGGCCGACUAAUCUCGCAAUGCGACGACAACAGCCUCCACCUAUGGGAGAUCACAGACAAAUCCCUAGUUGAACUCAAAUCCCACACGUUCGAAGGCAAGAACAAGAAGAUUUCGGCUAUGUGCGUCGAGUCCUCAGGGAAGAACAUGCUGUUAGGUACCGAGGGCGGGAAUAUUUACUCUUUAGAUGUCAACGCCUUCACCGUCAGCGAAGAUGUUAUAUACCAGGACUUGGUUAUGCAGAACUGUCCAGAAGAUUUCAAAGUGAACCCAGGUGCAGUGGAAUCGCUAUGCGAGCACCCAAAAGUGCCAACCCGCCUGCUCAUAGGGUAUAACCGUGGUCUGAUCGUGUUAUGGGACAGGCCGACUGCAAAUCCAGUAGAUACCUUCGUGUCUAACCAACAGCUUGAAAGUCUGUGCUGGAAUGAUGAUGGUGAGCACUUCACAUCGUCCCACAACGACGGGUCGUACGUGAUGUGGGCGGCGGGCGAGGCGGCGGGCGAGCGCCCGCUCAAGGAGCCCGUGUCCCCGUACGGACCCUAUCCCUGCAAAGCCAUCACCAAAAUCCUGGCCAGGACUGGCGUUAGCGGCGAGGAGAUUGCCAUAUUUUCCGGUGGUCUUCCGAGAGCAUUGUAUUCAGAUAAAUGGACCGUCACAGUGCAGCAAGGGGAGAAAACUGUUGCCUUCGACUUCACCAGUAGGGUGAUAGACUUCUUCACAACGACCGCGGUGCCGCCGGACGGCGCUCCGCUGCAGCAGUCGCGGCCCAGCACUCCCGCGCAGCUACAGGCUCAGACCGUCAACCAAGUGGCUUCCGCUUUGGUGGUGCUAGCGGAAGAAGAGCUGGUGGUGAUAGACCUAACAGACUCCCAGUGGAGACCCCUGCGGCCGCCGUACCUGGUGUCCAUACACGCGUCCGCCGUCACCACGGCGCAGCUGGUGGACAACGUGGCCGACAACGUCUACGACAACAUUGUGGCUGCGGGUAACCAGCAAACGGAGAACAUGUAUUCGGAGAGCGCGUGGCCGAUAUCGGGGGGCAGCGGCGUGGCGGGCGCGGGUGAGGGUGCGCGGCAGCUGCUGCUGACGGGGCACGAGGACGGCUCCGUGCGCUGCUGGGACGUGACGGGUGUGGCCAUGACGCCGCUCUACAAGUACACCACCGCGCAGCUCUUCAGCGGGCUCAAAAGAUGUUCACCGAGCGGCUUGGAAGUGGGCGAGAACAACGAUAGUCAGACAGACGAAGAAGAAUGGCCGCCAUUCAGACGAGUGGGCACCUUCGAUCCAUACAGCGACGACCCCAGGCUAGCUAUCAAAAAGAUUAUACUGUGUCCCCUGUCCGGGAUGCUGACCAUCGGCGGCGCGGCCGGACACAUCGUGAUCGCCUGCCUCAAGACCACCGCCAACACUAGUGAAGUCAAGGGCCUGUCUGUGAACAUAGUGUCGGACCGCGACGGUUUCGUGUGGAAGGGUCACGAUCAACUCACGCUGAAGACCGGCGCCAUCUCGUUCCCUCAAGGAUAUCAGACAACGUCGGUGGUGCAGCUGACGCCGCCCGCGGCGGUGACGGCGCUGGCGGCGCAGUGGGAGUGGGGCGUGGUGUGCGCGGGCACGGCGCACGGGCUGGCGCUGCUGGACGCGCGCUGCGCACGUCCGGUGCUGCACAAGUGCACGCUCACGCUGCACGAUUCGGGAGCGGGUGACACGCCCAUAUCGCGGAGGAAAUCGUUCAAGAAGUCCCUUCGUGAGUCGUUCCGUCGUCUCAGGAAGGGCAGGUCGCAGCGCAGGCAGACCACCUCCAGCCCCACCUCCCCCACACAGCCCCCACCGAAGAAGCCCAUAGACAAGGCGGCGUCGGACACAGACGCGGACGUGAAGCCCAUAGAGCGCGCGGUGGAGGCGCGCUCUACCGACGACGCGUACGGCUCAAUGCUGCGCUGCGUCUACUUCGCCAGGACCUUCCUCAUCAACACACAAAAUUCGAUGCCCACGCUUUGGGCGGGCACCAACAACGGCACAGUGUACGCGUUCACAAUACACGUGCCCAACACGAAUAAGCGGAAAGAGGAUAAAGUGACGUGUCAGCUCGCCAAGGAGAUCCAACUGAAACACAGAGCGCCGGUCAUAGGCAUCACCGUGCUAGAUGGCGCCUCCGUGCCGCUGCCAGAUCCUCUGGAGGUGGAGCGUGGAGUAUCAGCACUUCCGGAGCCGGGGACUCAUCGCGUUCUCAUCACAUCAGAGGAACAGUUCAAGGUGUUCACAUUGCCGAGUCUGAAGCCCCACAACAAGUACAAACUGACCGCGCACGAGGGAGCCAGGGUUCGGCGGACGGCCUUCGCUUGGUUCGAGUGUAACAUAGCCGGCGCUGAGAAACACCGCGAGUGGUGCUUACUGUGUCUGACCAACCUCGGAGACUGCUUGGUGCUCAGUCCGGAGCUGAGGAGGCAGCUGAACGCAGCUGCCGUCCGCAAGGAGGACAUCAAUGGCAUUACAAGUUUAUGCUUCUCCAAGCGAGGGGAGGCGCUCUAUCUGCAUUCGUCGUCGGAGUUGCAGCGAAUUACCCUCUCCGCUACAAAGGUGACGAUAGCGCAGUGCCAAGUGAUCCUGUCCCCGUGGGCGGCGGCGCUGCGCGGGCCCGCUGAGGAGCCCCCGCUCACCAACGGAGAGCAUAAGGAGGAGACGGCAGAAGCAGCGCAUGACGUCACAGCCGUGUCGGCUGACAUCACAGUGGAUUCAGUGCGAGACCACACAGCCGCGCCCAACAGCGGCUCCCAGCCAGAACUCGACAUCAAUUUACAGAAUUCGCAGGUGAACACGAGUUCGAUGGUUGUGAAGACUACCACAAGGACCACCAUGAAUGAUGGUGGGGUCGAAGGUACUACUACUACCACUACAACCACCGCCACGGAAAACAUCCUAGAGCACAGUCGUGAGGAAGGAGUCAUCACCCGUAUCGAGCGGGCGAGCUGAAACGCGAGCGUCCGCCACGGGGUGCCGCAGAGAAGAACGUGCGAUGGUACUCAUGAGGCGUGUUGUGCAGACGGGCACGGUCACAGUCCCCGCCGGCACCGACCCCAAGCUGAUCCUGGAGAUGUUUGACCGCCAGCGCUCCCCACUCGCCGUGCCCGUGCCCCCCACACCCGCCCCCACCGAGACAUAACCGCCGACACAUAUCGACUAUCGAUAUCGAGCCAACGAUAUGAAACACUAAAACGAGGAGCAUUUAUACACAGCGUAACAAUGAAAUAUCUUUACAAGGUUGUAUAUAGGUUAGCGCAGCAUGGCAAUUUUUUUUUUUAACAUCUUUUGGUCAAAAAAAUAUUGAUACAGAUUUUUUUAAUUGACGACUGAGGAACAACCGGUUCCCGGUUCCACCGAUUAUGUUUGUCGUGAUUCCGGAACAUAAAGCGACAUUAUAGUUAAUAAAAUUACGGUAUUGUGGUACUUUAAUGAUGUUAAAUAAAACCUAGACAGCUAAACGUACUGCCAUUUUUGAAUACAGUGUUGAAUUGAAAUUCAAUGGUCGAUUUUGCGUCUAGGAAUAAAUUUUUAUUUUUGUAUAAUUUUUUGGUUUCAAUUAGCAUACAUUUUAUACCGAUAAAUAAUAAAAUAAUAAUAGUUUUAUUUUCGUGAGUGCAUGUCUAAUAUGGGAUGUAAUUUUUCUUUGCAUAAAAUAUCAGUCUUUUACUUUAUAAGCGUUUGUUAAAGCAGACAUGUACUAAUUAAAAUAGUAAACAAUUUGUACCAUUUUAAGUGUAUCGAGUACAAAACUUACAGCCAUAACAACAGGAUGUUGUAAAAAUGCUGCAAUAUAAUUGUGGUAUAUUUUAAAGUAUUUAUAGUUAAGUGAACAAUGUAAAAUUGAUGUACCAAUCUAGCUUGUAAAGUUCUUUGAACAUUCAGAGUGAAUGGAAUGUGCCUAUUUAUUUCUUUUUAGAGUGAAGAGCUUGUUUUUAAGUACUUAGCAAUAGAAGAUUUCUUGACAAUUAGUAAUUGACUAGGGAAUAUUUUAUUUAGCUUUUAAUACGCGUGUACCAUUUGGAUUUGUGUAACCACUUAUUUGCCCCUUUUUAUAAUAAUACGGCGCAGCGUCGCGCCUCAAUAUAAUUGUAUAUUCCGUAAAUAUUAAUUUUAAUAAAUUAUAUUGGAGAAUUAAUGGAAAGUUUUAUGCAAUAUUUUAAACUUUUUAGUAGAGUUUUCUUUUUUAAUUUUAUAUUUUACAGUAUAUGUUUUAGUUUUGUAUUUUUAAACUGCAUAUUUUUCAGCUACGUUGUUUGAGUUGAAGGCAGCUAAUUCCAUUGAAUCGUAAGUGUAGGGCGUGUGUUGACGUCAUGUAACAUCACAAGUUGUGAUAUAUAGGGAUUGAAGUUUGUUUUACACAUUAUAUUUCUAGUUAUAAGUUCAACGUGCCUGUCUUUUCGUUUGUAAACAGUUAUUGGCAUUUGUAUGUUGUAUACUGUAGCAGGCGAGCGUCCACAUUCGAGUUUCGAUUAUUGUACAAUUUUCUCUAUCUAUCGUGGCAUUUUAAAUACCUAUUUGAUACGAAAGUACUAUUUGUAUCCGACAUUGAAAUAAUAAAAGCUAAUCUUAA